AUGCAAGGUUUGAAGCAACUGAUACGACGACGUUCCAAUCUCAGAGAUUCGAUUUUGGCUUCCAUUUCCACCGCGCAACCUGAUAAUUUCCAUCAUUCACUCCCUUCUCAUCAUUUGGCUCGCCUCACCCCCAAACGCUUCCUCGAUUGGCCCCAGUUUAGCAAUAAGGAAGCAAUUGCAAAGGAGCGAGCUCGAAUAAAUGAUGAAAUGAAAAGGGGAUAUGUUGCUGAUUUGGCUGAGAUCAAGCAACAUGGCGGUAAGGUUUCUGUAGCUAAUAAAGUGAUUAUACCGGCAAUGAUGGCUAUGAAAUUUCCUGAUAUCCAAGUCAGCUUCCCAGAUGGUAAAAUAAUGAAGCUUCCAAUUCGUAUUUCUGAUAAGGCAGUUGAUUCCGACGAAUCAUCUGUUCCAAAGGCAUCUUUGGUUUGUCUUUCAUUCCGAGGAUAUUCCGAGAAAAUGAUUGAUUCUUGGAGCGUGCCUUUUGCUAAAACAUUCAGUAACUCGAAAGAUACUCAUUUAUAUAAGGUAUCAUUUAUAGAUUCAUGGUUUUUAUGUCUACCUCCUAUAAAAAAUUUCCUUAUGUGGACAAUCAAGAAACCUAAUCACAAUGAAAACAAGGAUACACUUGAAGCGAAAAUGGUGUAUUCAUUUGGCGACCACUAUUAUUUCAGAAAAGAACUAAACUUAGAGAAUCUCCUCACUGGGUAUGUCUUCCUACUAGAUAAUUUUGGUAGGAUAAGAUGGCAGGGCUUUGGGAUGGCAACAGAAGAUGAAGUUUCUUCCCUUCUUUCUUGCACAUCACUUCUUCUAGAUUCGUAA